AUGGCGGAAUUCGUACGCGCCCAGAUUUUUGGCACCACCUUUGAGAUUACCAGCAGAUACACCGAUCUGCAGCCUGUCGGCAUGGGCGCAUUCGGUCUCGUCUGCUCAGCAAAGGACCAGCUUACCAACCAGGCGGUGGCUGUUAAGAAGAUCAUGAAGCCCUUCAGCACUCCAGUUCUGUCCAAGCGAACAUACCGAGAACUGAAGCUCUUGAAGCACCUUCGACACGAAAAUAUCAUCAGUUUGAGCGAUAUCUUCAUCUCUCCCCUCGAGGACAUCUACUUCGUCACUGAGCUCCUCGGCACCGAUCUUCACCGUCUGCUCACUUCGAGGCCGCUCGAGAAGCAAUUUAUCCAAUACUUUCUCUAUCAGAUUUUGCGUGGAUUGAAAUACGUCCACUCCGCUGGUGUGGUGCACCGCGAUCUCAAGCCCAGCAACAUCCUCGUCAACGAGAACUGCGAUCUCAAGAUUUGCGACUUCGGUCUCGCCCGUAUACAAGACCCCCAGAUGACGGGUUACGUCUCGACACGAUACUACCGAGCACCUGAAAUCAUGCUCACGUGGCAAAAGUACGAUGUGGAGGUUGACAUUUGGAGCGCGGGAUGCAUCUUUGCUGAGAUGCUCGAGGGCAAGCCCCUUUUCCCUGGAAAGGACCACGUGAACCAAUUCUCCAUUAUCACGGAGCUUUUGGGCACUCCCCCAGAUGAUGUUAUUCAGACCAUUUGCAGUGAAAACACACUGCGAUUCGUUCAAUCGCUUCCCAAGCGCGAGAGGCAACCAUUGGCCAACAAGUUCAAGAACGCUGAGCCUGAUGCGGUUGAUCUUCUAGAAAACAUGCUGGUUUUUGACCCGAGGAAGCGCGUACGAGCAGAGCAGGCUCUCGCUCACGCAUACCUUGCGCCAUACCACGACCCGACGGAUGAGCCGGUAGCCGACGAGAAAUUCGAUUGGUCGUUCAAUGAUGCGGACUUGCCAGUCGACACCUGGAAGAUCAUGAUGUACUCGGAGAUCCUCGAUUACCACAACGUUGAUGCGGCAGUACCGGAGGAGAACAACGGCAGCUGA